GAACCAAGCGGAUUGGGUAUUUUUGUUGACUUUCAUUCCGUAAAAUUCACAGGAAAGUUCUCAACAAACGUGCAAAGGUGACACUUUUUGAAAAAGUUCUACACCUGGAGGAUCAUCCACUAAGGCAUUCUCUCCUCAGGGUGUUGCCCCUUUCAACAACUGGCAAGAAGAACGAGUCCACCACUGAAUCCCUUUUCGAUUACCUCGCCUGAAUGCUAACCUUUUGGAAGAACGUGAUUUCACGAAAGGAAUAUUAUUACUGGCGCUGCUGGGAAUAUCGGGCGAAUCAAGGAUUCCGAUUCAGAGUGAUUACCUAGCCAGAAUCAAACUUUUUAAAAAUGCAACAGGAUUGUAACUUGGAUAACGUUUACAAAGAUGUGGUAGUCAUUGGAAAUGGGCCAAGUGGAAUUUGUCUAUCGUACAUGUUCGCUGGAAACUGGCCUUAUUAUAAUGGAGACCCGCAUCCAAGCGAUGAGAUGCUUACUGCAAGAUUGCGAUACAGCAUAGGAACUCAAACCCCGAAUGGAUUGGAUCAGAAAGAGUUCAAGGAAAAUGGACACCACUGUAGAUGUCAAGACGGAAAACAAGGAAGGAACCUGGUGAACUGCACUCGAGAGGCUCUUGAAACUCUUUCUCUGGGAUUGGAAGGUAGAGGAAGUAGACCUCUUGCCAGACUCAUGGAUCAGUUGCAACAUCCUUGUACUGAUGCUGGAUUGGAUAUCCCAAGUCUUUUAACUUGGAAAUCACCUGAAGAGUGUCCAGAUCAUAAAAUCAUCGACCAUGUGGUCUUAGGAAAAGGACCACCUGGGGGAGCCUGGCAUUCGCUGGAUCCGAACGUUUUGACGAUAAGUUUGAGUCGGUGGAUGUCUCUCCCGGGUUUGGAUUUGAGGCACUGGGAGUUACUCGUCGAGGCUGAAAAACAAAGAACAAUUUUCGAAAAUCGGGGCGACGGUUCCUGCUCGAUCCAGGAAAAAAUUAGUGCCUGCAAACCAGCGACCAGAGUUUCAAUUGGCACAGUCGCUGCCUAUUAUAGAGAUUAUGUAACCAGGCAGGGCCUGGAAAAAUAUUUUCGAUGUGGAACGACGAUAACAUCAGUGACACCGAAUCCUGGCAUUAAUGACAAUGAGAAGGGAUACGGUUGGUUGGUCCAAGGUUUUGAAAACGACAAUGGCAGGACUUUUCGAUACCGAUGUAAAAAAGUCGUUCUUGCAACUGGUACAACGGACUCGUCGAAUCGACUCGGAAUUCCAGGAGAAAAAGCACACAGCGACUGGGUGACACACGAUCUUAACGUACUCGAGUCCAGGCUCGAUCAACUCGUCAGUCCACAAAGCUCAUGUUCCAUAAUUGGUGAAACUGAAAAACCCAAUGGACACUCUGUGGAUCCGGUUUUGGUCGUUGGCGCAGGUUUAAGUGCAGCCGAUGCGAUAAUGGCAGCCAGAUUUCGAGGAAUUCCGGUUCUCCACGCCUUUCGCGAUUCCUCAAACGACUGGAGCAAAGAGAAGCAAGAAAGCAUCAAAUUGAAUGGUAGCGGUCUUGAUAGACUGCAGUGGCUUCCUGUUGGAAUUUAUCCGGAAUAUCACAAAGUCUAUGAGAUGAUGGCAGAUGGAGGAACGAAUUAUCCUCUCUACAAAGCUCUGCCUGGAUAUAAUCUCAUGGAUGUGAAUGCAAAUAAGUCCAAUGGAGAUGGCAAUCCAAAGGACAAGAGAGUCACUCUCUGUACUCCGGAUGGCGAGUUGGUUUCGUACCGAGUCUCACUUGCUGCGAUACUCAUCGGAUCGAAACCAGAUUUAUCCUACCUCGAGAAAGGCGGAGUUGGCCUAGGAAAACUUAAAGAUCGACCAAUCGACAGUAGGUGGAAUCCCGUCGAAAUUGACGAUUUCACCUAUGAAGUUCUUCGCGCACCAAAAAAAGGCCUCUACGCACUCGGUCCUCUCGUUGGGGACAAUUUUGUACGUUUUAUUCUAGGCGGCGGUUUUGCCAUUUUAGUGCACAUACUUUCCACGUGUAAAUGAAACUCACUAGAUUCAAAUGUCCAUAAUUCUAAUGGUGCAGCUAGCACAAAUCAAUUACUGAUUCCCUGGCGGAAAAAUUUCUCUGAAUUUCUCGCAAUAAUCGAUCAAAGAAAAUCUAUAUCACUAAACUUUCCAAGCUGAAACUAAAAACUGCGAAAACCUUUUUGAAAACAGGCUUUCAAAAGAAAAGAAAACUAUUCUGAUUUUUUCAGAGGAAUAUUUCACAGGGGAGGAAAAAAAUGAGUGAGAAGUGGGAAAUUGAUCAGAAAUAUUCUAUGUCAAUUUCUGAUUACCUGAAACCAUCCUUAAAUUAAGUAAUAAAAAACACGAAAAUACGAGUCUCUUCGGAAUAGAAAUUUUAUAAAAAUCCUCCCGAUAUUAUUUUUGUAUGUAAUGUUGUUUUUACGACAAUCUCAAUACCGCAAAAGAUGUGCUUCAAACGUAGGGAGAUGCUUAGACUUGACUUUGCUGUGCAAAGCUUUUAAGCUUUUAAGAAUCAACAGUUUUGUGAAAAUUACAUACGAAACCUGUGAUUAUGUUGAUCUAUAAUUUAUCCAUUCUUUUAAUCACAAUUGUUGAAUUUCAUUCAAAAUUGUCAGCGUUUGUUCAUAUUUAUAAAAUAGUUUCAAACUAUUUUUAGAAUUAGGAUUUGCAUUUUAAUGGAAUUUGUUAUCUUAUUUAUUAAAAAAAAAAGAAAGAAAAGAAGAAAAAAAAGGUCUAUAAAAUUUUCACUAGAGACACAAAAUUAGAGAUAUUGUUUCAAAUCUGAGUUUUUGUAAAUAAAAAUUUUUCUACUUAAACAACUGUAGCAAGAUAAUAUAAAAAUGUACAUCACGUAAAAUUAUGCUUAUCAAAUAUUCCAAUUGCCUCUGAGUGGAAAAGUGGAAGACUGACUUUAGACAGGAAUUAAAUUUGUACUAUUUUUAAAAAGAUAGAUUUUUCCAUUUUUUUAUCGCGUAGAUUUCACGAAGAUGUUGAAAUAGCAAAAUGCAACUAGGAUACAAAAAAUAAAACUGAAAUCGCAACAACAAAAAAAUAGUGAUUUGAAUUUUUGUAAAUAUAAAUUAUUUGCUAAGUACUAUAUUUUUGGACUUUGUAUAGUUUUUUCUCGGAGUGUCAAUUUCAAUGUCAAUUUUAUAUAGAAAUUGAUUCCUGAGAACAAAUUCACUAUAAGACAUUCCCUUUGAAUUUUGUACCCUAAGGAAUACAUUUCAAAGACGCGACUAUUUUCUUUCUGUUUCUGACGCGGUCUUACUUUUGUACCUUGUGAUUAGCUAAAUUUGUUGUAGAUAUUUCCCUACUUCAAAUAUACAUUUUAAAUUGUUGAAGCAGUAUCUUAGUCUGUGUAUCUUAGUACUUAGUCUGUGAUAAGAGGAGCGACAUUGCGAAUAUUUGAAAUAUGUAUAAUAUUACUAAACAGCAUCACUAAGAGAUUGUUAAAAUAAAUAAAUAAACAAACUGAACUGUU